AGUAACGUCGUAGAGGCUUUCCGUCGCGAAUAUAGCACCCGUGACGGACGUUGCAGAGGUUGUCGGAGAGGAGCAGAACAGUCGCUCGGUGUUUCUACACCUACUUUUAGCCCGUGGUCCAGCAGCCUCUGAUGGGAGCCAAUGAAUUCCGUGCUAUUCGCUGGUUUCUUUGUAUUUGCCAGUGCUGUCCCGGCGACAACAAAGGGAGGAUAGCCGGUGUCAUGUCAGUUGUUUUGGACAUGCAAGUGUGUUACUUUAGCCACGACUGUUAUCCGGAAGUUAUAUUUUGUGCAGCGUUGAGUGUCGCUCAGUUGAAAGCCGCCGACAUUAGUUAAAUCGGGAAGGGUUUUCGAUGCUAAUCGGAGCGUUGUGAUCUCCACAUGCCUCGUUUCUGGGGCUCCACUGUGCGUUUCGAGGCGAACUUGGCACCGUUGCAAAUGGGUCAUUCCCCCGGCCAGCUGCGGACUAUUGCUGAGAAUGAAAAUUGUGACGCAGUUGUGUAAAACAUCUUUCUCUGCCCGCCGCAGCAGUGCUCGGGGGCUUCGCGGCACCCACCCACCCGGGCCGCCGCGAAACGCCUGCGCGAGCCUUGUGUGCACGCGUCGCGCAUCAUGUCGACAUUUUUUAAAACAACGUAAAAUGCAUUUCAGUCACUCGGGGUAAAUGUUGGGGGGGUUAGAUGGGUUCUGAAAGAAAUAGUUGUUUUGCCAAGGCCCUGGGAAUUGUAGUUCAGUCUCCCGACCCGGGCGCGGGGUUCCGGCGGCCUCUAUAGCGGAAGUGGACUACAACUCCCAUAAUGCCCCGCUCUCCAGAUACUUUGUAAACUCUGUGCAAGUUGCGCGUCUGCACUGCUAUUUUAGGUGUGCAGCUAGCGCUAUGUGCUCGGCCGUGCGCUGGUCCGCCUGCUCGUGGCCUCUCUGGAAAUAAACGAAACGCCUCGGCGGUCGAUGACAGCGUCUGCACGGCAAUGCACGGAUGACGUGUGGCAACAAGAUUUUCAGCUGAAUUCCCACUUGAGUACACUGGCCAGCCUCCAUAAGAUCCACCACACCUUGCACAGGCUGAACCUGACAGAAGACGUUGGACAGGAUAGCCACCCCUCAGCCUGUUGCCCCAGAGCCAUGCCUCCUAGGAAAAAGAGGAGACCCUCGGCUGGAGAUGACAUGUCAGCCAAGAAGAGUCGGCAGGACAGUGUCUUCAGAAAACACGAAACGACACAGAUCCGCGAGGAGGAGACGUUCUCCAGUAAAAGAUGCUUGGAGUGGUUCUAUGAAUAUGCAGGCUGUGACGACGUGGUGGGUCCGGAGGGCAUGGAGAAGUUCUGUGAGGACAUCGGAGUGGAACCAGAGAAUGUGGUGAUGCUGGUUCUUGCUUGGAAGCUGGAUGCCCAGAGUAUGGGAUAUUUCACUCUCCAGGAGUGGCUGAGAGGCAUGGGCUCACUACAGUGCGACUCCACAGAAAGGCUGAGGAACUCACUCGAAUACCUGCGAUCUGUCCUAAACGACAGCACCAGUUUUAAGCUCAUUUAUAGAUAUGCCUUUGAUUUUGCUCGGGAAAAGGAUCAGAGGAGUUUGGACUUGAACACAGCCAAGUGUAUGCUGGGGCUUCUUCUGGGGAAGAUGUGGCCUCUGUUUCCCGUCUUCAAUCAAUUUCUAGAGCAAUCCAAGUACAAGGUCAUCAACAAAGACCAAUGGUGCAAUGUUUUAGAGUUCAGCAGGACAAUCAACCUGGACCUCAGUAACUACGAUGAGGAUGGUGCCUGGCCUGUUUUGUUGGAUGAGUUUGUGGAAUGGUACAAGGAAAGACAAAUGUCAUAGUCCCUGAGCCAAACGGAAAAUGGAAGAAAUACAACUGUGACAACAACGACUAUGAGAAUCAACAACCAAUAAGUAAACAAUACAAAAAUGGUCUAGGGUAGGGGCGAUGGCUUUGCAGCCUGGGUGCAUGCUGCCCAGAGUGCGGAUGCAGAAGGCUGUAAUUGUGGAGUUAUGUGUCCUACCCAAGUUGCAUAGUGGGAAAGCUUGAAGCAAUCCCCGGUGGCAUUGCUCUCUCUCUCACUGUGACAUGUCAUAUUUUGCCGUCUGUGUUAGGAUAACAUGGUAUCAUACAUGGAUGAUGAAAGCAAAAUGGAAUUGCACGGGAGAACCUCUCCUCGCCACAGCACAGAGCAACCAACACCGGUGACCCUUCAUGCGUUGUGUCUGAGUCUUAAAUGGGGUCACUUUGAUCCGGGCACAUUUAAAUAUUAUGUAUCUGUGCAAUGAACUUGAACGUAAGCUUUUUCUUUUUCCCUCUGGACAGAUGGCACUAACUAUUGUUUGUCAUAUUUCGACUUUGAUGGGAGUACUUUAAGAAGCACACUGUGUCAAAGGGUUGAUUGCAGGUUUCUGAUGCCUGUGCUGUUUACUGUUGAUUUGUGCCAGUGAUCUUUUUUUUUUUUUUCUCCCAUUCUCUAGUUUUUGUUCCAUCCCACUGUUUUACUCCAGCUAAUGGUAACAGGUUGCUAACCCCCCUGCAAAGGCUUCAGACCUCUUAACACCAAACAAAUCAGCAUUGCUGCUUACUAACUCUUAUUACAGUACAGCGGUGAGCCACUAGUGCUCUGAUCAGCAUUUAUUGGUCUGAUGACCAAUUCAUGUAUCUACGUUGUGUAGGUAAGAGUAUUAUUGUGCCUCAAACCAUGAAAGUCACUUUGUGUGUCCGACACACGUACCAACGAACCCAAAUGCACAGAACACACACACACACGCACACAUGCACACACACACACACACACACACACACACAAAUGCUCAUGCACACACAGACACACUUGAGUGGUCAGGGAUUAUUUCAGGAUUAUUUCAGACUGUUUGGGCUGUGUUAUAGAUUGACAUAGAUAUAGUUGGUGUCCAUUAUGUCUUCAUGUGCUAUUUGUUUUGUCUUCCUUAGUCCACUGAUAGUUUCAGGUCUCCUCUUACCUGUAAGCAUCUCUCAACACUGACAGUGUUUUUAUAACUACAGUGGAAAGCCAGUGACCCUCUCAGGACGAGGUCCCUUAGGCUUGAGUAGUACGGUAGGUUUGCUGAAAGCAUCGCUUUGUACCACCCGUACAAUCUAAUCGAAAAACAAUGGACACUGACAGUUGGGAGCUGUGUGAUGAUGCAAACGCUCUUCUUUCGCCUAGUAUAAUGUUCUUGUAACACAUGUAUAAAUUUCUGUCUUUGGCUGUUGUGUGAUGCUGAAUCGUCAGAAGACUUAAUAUUUGCAUGCAUGCUCGGACCGAGCCUUUUGUGAAUGGAUGAGAUUUUUUGAAAACAUUUUUCAAAUGCGAUUUUUGUUUUGUACAGGAAUUUGUGCAGAUGUUUUGUGUUUAAUUUGAUAUUCACGACCAUGUUGUCUUAAUUCUGAUGAACAACAUGGUCGUGGCUAUGCGAAGACCUGGAACAAACCUGUAACCUCACGGUGGAACAGGAGUUCCCUCCUGCAUAUUCCCCAUCAAAUGCAUCCUCACACAUGCUGCACAGCUUCAGGUGGCUGCAGCCAGUACACAGGAUCUAAUUUUAUUUAUUGAAAGUGCAUAACAUGUUCUGCAACUUUUGCACCACACGUUCACAAUACACAUACGGUAUGCUUCGAAAUCUGAUGUGAAGAUUUUGUACAUCAGCUCCCCUGUCAACGAAAAUCACUGCAGCUAAGACUGAAAGCCUCUAUUUUCAUUACAAUACAUCAACCAUCAGCAUAAGGUGUCAGAUCAAGGUAGUUGUUGAAUUUCCAAAUACUGUGUAGAGACCAGUGUUAAAGAGUUUUCUCCCAUGACAAUGCAGGAGGAUGAACAGCCUUGUCCCAACUGUAUAUAUGUAUGUAAACUAUGUAAGUGUCUAUAUGUCCGUUUUCACUAUAACCUAUGUCUAUAUACAUAAAUAAAAUGGUUUAUUAACUUA